AUGAGCUCAGUCGAGAAACUGGGAAGUUUGGGAAUCACACCCAAGAGGAGAAAGCAGAAAGAGGAAGAACUUUGUGGUUCGCACUGUCAAUAUGAAAUAAGGUUUCAAGAUCUGCUCAUAUAUGUUGUGGAAAGAAAAAUGGGAUCGAGCAGAAGAAUGUUUCUGAUGGAUUUAGCACGUAAGAAAGGAUUCAGAGUCGCUGAUAUCAUGAGUGAUUCAGUCACACAUAUUGUAACUGAGAAUAACUCCUGGAAUGAGAUUUGCGACUGGAUUCAAACCCAGAAGAUGUCAGAUGCCAACAAGUUGAAUUUACUUGAUAUCUCCUGGUUUACAGAUAGUAUGGGUGCUGGAAAACCUGUGGACAUAGAGGAACGGCAUAGAGUGCAGGUGCAGAAGACACAACUGCUUCAGUCAGUUGCACCAUCAGCAUCAUCAGUCUCACACGUUUCUCGAUAUGCCUGUCAGAGGAAAUCGACUCUCGACAACAAAAACAAGAUUUUUACGGAUACAUUUGAGGUUUUGUCAGAAAACUGCGAGUUCGAUGAAAACGCUGGCUCCUUUGUGGCAUAUUCACGGGCAACAUCAAUGUUAAAAUCACUUCCUUAUCCAAUAACUGGAAUGAAUGACCUGGAGGGACUGCCUUGUCUUGGAGACCAAACAAGAGUUAUAAUUGAGGAACUUCUGGAAGAAGGAGUUUGCUCCAGGGUUGAAAGUUUGUUAUGCGAUGAGAAGUAUAAAGCAAGAAAGCUAUUCACCAGUGUCUUUGGUGUUGGUGUGAAGACAGCUGACAAGUGGUAUGGACUAGGCUUUCGGACUUUGGAGGAAAUAAAAGCAGCAAAGGAUAUUACGUUUACCAAAAUGCAGAGGGCAGGGUUCUUGUACUAUGAAGAUAUCCUACAAGCUGUAAGCAAAGCAGAAGCUGAAGCAGUGAUUCAAAUAAUCGAAGAUAUUGUCGAUCAAUGUACUCAUGAUGCCAAGGUGACUUUAACAGGAGGAUUCAGAAGGUGGGUAAAAUGGAGAGAAUCUAUCAUGUUCUAACACAUUAUUUUAAUAUGUACUGUGGUUAAGAAUGCUACUUCCAGCUGUUGAAAGUCAUUUGUAUGAAGAUGGAACAAGGAAGCUGAGAGUCAUUUGAAAGGCCAGUGUUUCUCAUGUACUUGUGUUAUCACCUUCCCCACAGUCAACGAUGGACCAUUGUGGGCUCAAACUUGCCCUGGUCAUCUGGCUGGCUUCGAUAUGUUCUUUUCAUAUUUUUCAUUCUUUUGUUCUUUGUACCUUUUCGUACCUCUAGUUUCCCUCUCCCCCGACCCUCAGUCUGAAGAGGGAUCUCGACCCGAAACGUCACCUUUUCCUUUUCUCCAGAGAUGCUGCCUGUCCCACUGAAGUAUUCCAGCAUUUUGUGUCUAUCUUUGGUAUAAACCAGCACCUGCAGUUCCUUCCUACCCUGAUUGAUCAUGUAAUUGCCUGUUUGUUGAUGUGCAUUCUGAAAUAAUGAUUGCAUUUUAUUAUUUUUCAAGUGUUUUAAGAGUAUUAUUUGUUCUGAUUUGCUUCUUAUUUUUGGAAUGUAUAUUUGAAUGCCACAUUUUAAUUUCAGCAGCUGGCUGUUUUGCAUUCUUAGGAAUAAUUAGGAACCUCAGUGACACUGAGGACAUUUCAGGUCAUGUGUAAAGUCUGAACUAGGCAGAGGAGAUUAGCUGCUCUGAUGUUUCUGGAUAUUCUGGGUGGUGGACUCAUCCACCUAUUGUGACCUGGAAUUUGCUCUGAUAUUUCUGAGUCUUGGUGUCAUCCAUUAAUGACCAGAGAUUCUGGGUCAAAUCCAGGAAUUUCCCAUGUACAUCUUUUGGAUUGGAGCUACUUUGCAGUAAGAUGUGAUGCUUUUCAUUGGUAUCAUGCUUGUACACUGUAUGCAGACCCAUAACUACAUAGCAUUGUUGUCUUUCAUAAAUGGGCUAAAUGUUCCUGUCCAUAUCAUUUCAAAAUUACUUUUCUUAUUAUCCACAACGGGAUUAUUUCUAAAAAACCCUACAAAGUGCUGGAGUAAUUUAACAGGUCAGUCAGCAUCCCCGGAGAACAUGAGCAGAAGAAGGGUCCCGACCCGAAACAUCACCUCUCCAUGUUCUCCAGAGAUGCUGCCUGACCUGUUGAGUUACUCCAGUACUGUGUCUUAUUUUGUAAACCAGCAUCUGCCUACAAGCAUCUGCUUACAUCUGUUUAUAAGAAUGAUCCCAAGAAUGAGUAGGUUAACCUAUGAUGAGUGUUUGUCGGCAUUGGGCCUGUACUCGCUUGGGUUUAGAAGAAUGAGGGGGAACCUCAUUGAAACGUACAGAAAAGUGAAAGGCUUGGUUAGAGUGGAUGUGGAGAGGAUGUUUCCAUUAGUGGAAGAGUUUAGGACUAGAGGUCAUAGCUUCAGAAUUAAAGGAUGUUAUUUUAGGAAGGAGAUGAGGAGAAAUUUAUUUAGUGAGAGGGUGGUGAAUGUGGAAUUCUUUGCCGCAGAAGGCUGUGGAGGCCAAGUCAGUGGAUUAACGCAGAGAUAGAUAGAUUCUUGAUUAGAACUUCAUUGUUAUUGUACAAUUUACAGUGUAACAGAGUUUUAUGUUUUACACUGCGUAAAUAAUCAUAAUCAUAAUCAUAACAGUAAUUUAUUAGCCAAGUAUGUUUUGCAACAUACACAAGGAAUUUGAUUUGCCGUACAGUCACAUCAAUAAAGAGCAACAAGACAGCCAAAUGCAUUUUUAACAUGAACAUCCACCACAGCCGAACAUCCACCACAAAUGGAAAAAAUAUUCAGGCUUUCAUAGCUUAAACUUUACAUUAAUUAAAAUACUUCAGCAUUUAAAUUCAUCACAUUUCAUACAUUAAAUAAUUCCCUUUAUUUUUGAGCAUAUGUUGAUUUAUUUUUGAGAGGAGGAUUCCCAUGUUUUUAGUGAGCCCAGUAUGUCAGGGUUGUAGAUAUAAGCAAAAUGCAUCAAGGUAAAUAAUGCAACACUUGGAUAUUGGAUCAUAUUUCUAGUUUAUAAUGGUGUGAAUUACAUAGUAGAUUUAUGUUAACACCACCAUUUGGAUCCAGCACCAAGCAGUGAUAUCAUAUAAAAUGACCGGCACUGUUAUAAAUGCAGUUUAUUGAAAGCUUCACUAUUAAUCAUCAAUAGUACAACAUUUCACCUUCAUUUACAUUAUACAAUGAAAGGAGUUAAAAGGGUCAUGCAGUGGCUGGUAUUCCUGUUUCAACAGCUUCAGGGAUCAGAUACAGACUGCAAGGAAAUAUCCCAGUAACUGUGUUUGGCUUCCUCUGGGUGCUCCGGUUUCAUCCCAUAUUCCAAAGGUUGAUAUAGUUGGUUACUACGGAUUAUGUUUUGGUAUAGAUCAGUAAAAAAGAGGUACUGAUGGGGGUGUGGGAUGGAAUAUGUUUCAAGGCUACAGGGAAAUAAGGAAGGGAGGGGAGGUGGAGGAUGGAACAGAUUGACUUUCUCUGCUGAAAGCUAGCAUGGACACAACAGACUUUAUGGCCUCAUUUGUGUUGCAGCGAAUACAUUGAAACUGUUGAAAUAUUAGCAGGUAUCCCAGGGAAUUCUGUCUAGACCAAUGCGUCAGUGAAAGCAAUCAUGAACUGGCAGCACCAAAUUAAAUAACCUCAUCCUUUUGAGAGGUGAGAAGAUCUGUACCAUGUAGGUAAGCAUCAGAACAUCUACACUACACAUUUUUAAUGUACAAAGACCAACAAAAGAGGAAGAGUCCCGACCCAGAAUGUGACCUAUCCAUUUUCUCCAGAGAUGUUGUCUGACCCAUUGAGUUACUCCAACAUUUUGUGUCUAUCCAACUAAAAAGGCAUUGUUUUGGUAUGUGAUAUUGUUUUAAGUUCCGACCAUCUUCACUCUCUUGGCUCACUGACCUGGACCUUUUCUUUCUCCUCCUUCUCUUCUUUCCCCAUCACAAAUCCUCCCUCUCCUAAGCACAAAGAGGAAGGAUGUAAGUAUAAAAUAAAUAUGAAAUUGUAUUCCAGAAAGAAUCAUUCCUUGGCUAGAAGAUGUAAAUAAUUUACAAUACCUUGAUUUCUGUUCACAGCUUUUUCAGUAGUUUAGGACUUGUGGUUCUAUCACUUUAGCGUCAUGGGUAAAUAACACGAGGCAGGGUCUUACACGAUUAAUACGAUGAAGAAUUUGCUGGUUAAUUUACAUCACUAUUUCUAUCAUGGAUUGUGUGUAUUCUUCAAGAACUGUAACUGAAACAACUAGAUACUUAGAGACAUAGAGAGAUGCAGCGUGGAAACAGGCCCUUCGGCCCAACUUGCUGCACACCAGCCAACACGUCCCAGCUACACUAGUACAACCUUCCCGUGUUUGGUCCAUAUCCCUCCAAACUUGUCCUAUCCAUGUACCUCUCUAACUGUUUCUUAAAUGUUGGGAUAGUCCCAGCUGCAACUACCUCCUCUGGUAGCUUGUUCCACCCACUGAGUGAAAAAUUUACCCCACAGAUUCCUAUUAAAUCUUUUCCCCUUCACCUUAAACCUAUGUCCUCUGGUCCUCGAUUCAUCUACUCUGGGCAAGAGACUCUGUGCAUCUCCUUGAUCUAUUCCUCUCAACAUAUUAUACACCUCCAUAAGAUCACCCCUCAUCCUCCUGUGUUCCAAGAAAUAGAGUCCCAGCCUACUCAACCUCUCCCUAUAGCUCAGACCCUUUAGACCUGGCAACA